AUGGAGCUGUAUGAGACAUCCCCCUACUUCUACCAGGAACCGCACUUCUAUGACGGGGAAAACUACCUGCCCGUCCACCUCCAGGGCUUCGAGCCACCGGGCUAUGAGCGGACUGAGCUCAGCCUGAGCCCCGAGGCCCGAGUGCCCCUCGAAGACAAGGGGCUAGGGACCCCCGAGCACUGCCCAGGCCAGUGCCUGCCGUGGGCGUGUAAGGUGUGCAAGAGGAAGUCGGUGUCUGUGGACCGGCGGCGGGCGGCCACGCUGAGGGAGAAGCGCAGGCUCAAGAAGGUGAAUGAGGCCUUUGAGGCCCUGAAGAGGAGCACCCUGCUCAACCCCAACCAGCGGCUGCCCAAGGUGGAGAUCCUGCGCAGUGCCAUCCAGUACAUCGAGCGCCUGCAGGCCCUGCUCAGCUCCCUCAACCAGGAGGAGCGCGAUCUCCGCUACCGAGGCGGGGGCGGACCCCAACCAGGGGUGCCCAGUGAAUGCAGCUCCCAUAGUGCCUCCUGCAGUCCAGAGUGGGGCAGUGCACUGGAGUUUGGUCCCAACCCAGGGGAUCAUCUGCUCACAGCUGACCCUACGGAUGUCCACAAUCUGCACUCCCUCACCUCCAUCGUGGACAGCAUCACCGUGGAGGAUGUCGCCGUGGCCUUCCCAGAUGAAACCAUGCCCAACUGA